CUGUGCAAAGGGCUGCCCCUCCCUGGUUUAGAGAGCUGGUUGCAUAAGAAAACUUUGUCCUGGAGAGACGAGGAGCGGGAUUUUCUGCUCCCAGAAUUGGAUUCCACCCCUGCGUUGUCAUGGAAACCUGGAUCUUAGUCGUUGCCUUUCUGGUCCUUCUCCUCCUAUAUGGGAUCUGGCCAUACCGUUUCUUCAAGAAGCUGGGGAUUCCCGGCCCUCAGCCUUUGCCUUUCAUCGGGACCUUUCACCACUACCGAAAAGGAACUUUGGAUUUCGACCUGAAGUGUCAUCAGAAGUAUGGUAAACUCUGGGGAAUAUAUGAUGGUCGGCAGCCCGUGAUGGUCAUUCUGGAUUCCACCAUCAUCAAAAACAUCUUGGUGAAAGAAUGCUACACCUAUUUCACCAACCGCCGGGACUUCGGCUUGAAUGGAGACUUAGAUAGUGCCCUGUCGUUAGCCAAGGAUGAACAGUGGAAGAGAAUUCGCACCGUCCUCUCGCCCACCUUUACCAGCGGGAGACUGAAGGAGAUGUUUCCCAUCAUUAUCCAUAAUGGAGAGAAACUGCUGAGGAACGUCCAGAAAAAAGCGGCUGACGACGAAGACGUCGCUAUGAAAGACUUGUUUGGGGCCUACAGCAUGGAUGUUAUAACCAGCACGUCCUUCAGCGUUGACGUUGAUUCAAUGAACAAUCCUGAUGACCCUUUCAUCAUGCACGUCAAAAAGCUUCUCAAGUUCAGCUUCUUUAGUCCUAUGUUGAUCCUCCUCGUCAUCUUCCCAUUCAUCGCAAUAGUGCUGGAGAAGCUAAAUGUCACCAUGGUACCUGCCUCCUUCCUUAACUUCUUCAGGAACGCAAUCCAGAAAAUCAAGAGGGACCGACAGAAGAAUGAUCACACGAACCGAGUCGACUUUCUGCAACUCAUGGUGGACUCCCAAGUUUCAGGAGAGAACUCUGAAGAAGCACAGUUGUAUAAAACUCUAACUGACAAGGAGAUUGUUGCACAAGCUAUGAUGUUUAUUUUUGCCGGCUACGAGCCCACCAGUUCCACCCUCAGCUUUCUGUCCUACUCCCUGGCAACUCACCCAGAUGUUCAGCAGAAGCUGCAAGAGGAAAUAGAUGAAGCUCUCCCCAACCAGGCCACACCCACCUACAAUGCUGUCCUUCAGAUGGGAUAUCUUGACAUGGUGGUGAAUGAAACUCUCAGGCUGUACCCCCCAGCAGGACGGAUUGAAAGGAUUUGCAAAAGCACAGUAGAAAUUAACGGAGUGACAAUCCCAGAGGGAACUGUGACCUUGAUCCCAGCGUAUGUCUUGCACCGAGACCCAGAAUAUUGGCCAGAACCAGAAGAAUUUCGGCCGGAGAGGUUCACUAAAGAGAACAAGGAAUCCAUGGACCCCUAUGUCUUCCUGCCCUUUGGAGCUGGACCAAGAAACUGCAUUGGGAUGCGCUUUGCUCUCCUGUCCUUGAAAGUGGCCUUGAUUGUCCUUCUGCAAAGAUAUUCUUUCCGUCCCUGCAAAGAGACUCAGAUCCCCCUGGAACUGGACACCAAAGCCAUCAUGCAACCCACAAAGCCCAUCAUGCUGAAGAUGGUCCCCAGAGCCCCCGCUGAACCUGAGAAAUAAAGGGAUUAGAAGCACCUUAGAUGCUGUCGCCACCCUCCUGUUCCACACCUCACUGCCUUCCCCUCACACGGGACUAGUAACUUACCGGAGCUGAAAGGGAGAAAACGGCAGCUUUUGCCUCACAAUCCCAUUCUGCUUCCUGUGACAGACUUGGAAAACUUUUCAUGGUGGGUUUUCAGGGCUGUGUGGUCUGGUAGAU